GAUGCAUUAUGGUUUUUGAUAGAACUUAGAAAACUGACAUAUACACAUAUACCAGCAAGUUUAAUUAUAUAUUACAUAUUUAUAUAUCAGACUUGAUAUGAGGAGAUGAUAUGAAAACAAAUGCAAUUGUUAAUUAUAAUUUUUUCUUUUUAUCAUAUAUUAAAAUAUGAAAGAAUGAAAUAAUGACAAAUUCAAGUAUGUUUACACACAUACUUAUAUACAUAAAACGUUCAUUGAUUAUACAGGAAAUCUUAACUAAAAGUUUUGUUUUCCAAAACAAAAGCGAAUUGUAGGUUGUUUCUUAAACGGUGAUCAACAGUAUAGUUAAUAUAUUAUUAAUAAUUAUGGCUUCAACUUCUAAAAAAAAUAAUUUUAGUUCGAGGCGAAAAGGUAGCUCAAAAAUAGAAUUAACAGAAGAUGAAAAAGCUGACAUUAAGGAAGCCUUUGAUCUAUUUGAUCCAGAUGGUACAGGCAAAAUUGCAACUAAAGAACUUAAAGUAGCAAUGAGAGCUCUCGGUUUUGAACCGAAGAAGGAAGAGUUAAAGAAACUUGUAGCCGAUUAUGAUCCAGAUUGUCUUGGAAAAUUAUCGUUUGAAGAAUUCUUACGUAUAAUGUCUGUUAAAAUGUUAGAAAAAGAUCCAAAGGAGGAAGUUUUGAGAGCAUUUCGUCUUUUUGAUGACGAUGAGACUGGGAAGAUAUCUUUCAAAAAUUUGAAACGCGUUGCCAGAGAAUUAGGUGAAAAUCUCACUGAUGAAGAGUUACAAGAAAUGAUUGAUGAAGCGGACAAAGAUGGUGAUGGAGAAAUUUCUCAAGAUGAAUUUAUGCGAAUCAUGCGAAAAACCUGUUUAUACAAAUAGUUUAUAAUUUAUUUUGAUUGUUUUCAUUUCUUAUUAAAAUAUAUUUCCAAAACUUUUAAUUCUAUUUACUUAAUAAAAUACAAAUUUUAAAGUCUCCAUUCUUAAAAAAUUACGUAUAAUAUAUAUAUUCUGAAAUAGGACCAAAAUAUAUAUGAAAAUCAUAAA